AUGCAAUCAGAAUUGUUAGACUCCUCAUACGGCAAAGGAAAUGUUAAGUUCCUUAAAGUUAAAAAGAACCCCCAUAAUUCUAAAGAACAAGACGUAUUAGAAGCAAAUGUCCAGGUGUUAUUGAAGGGUAAUUUUGAUGUUUCAUAUACUAAGGCCGAUAAUGCCCCUAUUGUUCCUACAGAUACUGUUAAGAAUACUAUCUUGAUCGAAGCCAAAACCACUAAUGUGUGGCCGAUUGAAAGGUUUGCGGCCCAUUUGGCGAAACAUUUCACUGAGAAAUAUGCCCAUGUUUCUGGGAUUGAGGUGAGCAUAGUUCAGAGCAAAUGGACCAAAUAUGAGGUGGAUGGUAAGAUCCAUCCACAUUCCUUUAAACAUGAAGGUCCGGAAACGAGAAGAACGUUCCUUACUUAUUGCAGAUCGAAUAAAAAGUUGACAAUUACUUCUUCGAUCAAAGACUUAACUGUUUUAAAAUCCACUGGUUCUAUGUUCUACGGUUAUAACGUUUGUGAUUACACUACAUUGAAGCCUACCAAGGACAGAAUUUUAUCUACUGAUGUAGAUGCAUCUUGGACAUAUGAUCCAAAACAAGUUACAUCUUUGGACCAGGUAUUAACUCAAGCUGAUAAGGGCUUAUUUGACUCUACUUAUGAUAGUGCCAGAAAAGUCACAUUAGACUUGUUUGCCUUGGAAAAUUCUGCAUCUGUUCAAGCUACUAUGUACAAUAUGUCUCAUAAGAUUUUAGAAUUGGUUCCUGAAGUUGGAACCGUUAGCUAUGCCUUGCCUAACAAGCACUAUAUAUUAUUCAACUUGGAAUGGAAGGGUAUCAAACAAAAUGAUGAAUUAUUUUAUCCUUCUCCAGAUCCGAAUGGUCUUAUAAAGAGUACCGUUGGCAGAAAGACCCAGUCCAAGUUAUAG